AUUCUUUCCUCUAUAGGUGAACACUUUCCAGAUUGUCCUCAUCACAGAUGGCAAAUUGUCUUUUACCAUAUUCAACUAUGAGUCCAUCUCAUGGACCACAGGCAUGCAUGCCAGCAGUGGAGGUGACCUGGCAGGACUAGGAGGCAUUGCCGCACAGGCAGGGUUCAAUGCUGGUGAUGGAAAACGUUACUUCAACAUCCCUGGGUCCCGCACCGAUGACAUCGUCAACGUGGAGAUGACGACAAAUGUGGGUAUCCCCGGGCGAUGGGUGUUCAGAAUCGAUGAUGCCCAGGUGCAAGUGGGGGGCUGCAGCAACACAACUUCCGUGUGUCUGAACCUCCGACCUUGUCUGAACGGAGGGAAAUGCAUCGACGACUGCAUUACCGGAAACCCCUCCUACACGUGCUCCUGCCUCGCAGGCUUCACUGGGAAAAAGUGCCACGUGGACGUGAACGAGUGCGCCUCGGAGCCCUGCCAGAACGGAGGGACCUGCACGCACGGCAUCAACAGCUUCGCGUGUCAGUGCGCCCCCGGCUUCAAAGGGCCCACCUGCGGCGCAGCGGAAUCCCCGUGUGAUGCCAAGGACUGCCAGAACGGUGGGGAGUGCCAGGCUGCAAACAGCACUGCGGUGUGUGUGUGCCAAUCCGGGUACACGGGAGACAACUGCGAGACGGAUAUAAACGAAUGUGACUCGGACCCGUGCUUGAACGGCGGGAAAUGUGUUGACCUGGUGGCUAACUACAGCUGCCUGUGUUCGGAGCCCUUCGCAGGCCCUCGCUGUGAGUUAGAUCCUUCGGCCUGCGAAGACCGGAGCUGCAGGGACCGGCAGACGUGCAACUACAUCCGCCCGGGGCGCUACAUCUGCACGUGCUCCCCGGGUUACUAUGGGAACAACUGUCAGUACGGAGGCCCCAGAACCCCAAGUGCCUGUCUUUCCAACCCCUGCCAGAACGAGGGCACCUGCCUGGAGACGGACCAGGGCUACAUCUGCGAGUGUCCCGAUGGGUUCACAGGCUUUAACUGUGCAGAAAAGCUCCCUGAAGACUGUGAGUGCCGGAAUGGGGGGAGAUGCCUGGAUGGAAACUUCACCAUAUGCCACUGCCCCCCUGGAUACUUUGGUCUCCUCUGUGAAUUUGAAGUCACAGCCACCCCGUGCAACGUGAACACCCAGUGUCCUGAUGGGGGCUACUGCAUGGAGUAUGGUGGGAGCUAUCUCUGCGUGUGCCACACAGACUACAGCACCAACCACUCUCUGCCCUCUCCCUGUGACUCUGAUCCCUGCCUCAAUGGGGGCUCCUGCGAUGCCCACGAUGACUCCUACACGUGUGAGUGCCUUCGAGGCUUCCAUGGCAAGCACUGUGAGAAAGUAAGGCCGAGACUGUGCAGCUCGGGGCCCUGCCGCAACGGAGGGACGUGCAAGGAGUCCGACGGAGCGUACCAGUGCAGCUGCCCCUAUCGGUUCACAGGGAGGCACUGCGAGAUAGGAAAGCCGGACUCUUGCGUCUCGGGCCCGUGCCAGAACGGAGGGACCUGCUUCCACUACAUCGGCAAAUACAAGUGCGACUGUCCCCCGGGGUACUCGGGGCGGCACUGCGAGAUAGCUCCCUCUCCGUGCUUUAUGAGCCCCUGUGAAAAUGGCGCCACCUGCAGUGACCUGGGCACAGACUACGCCUGCCGCUGCCGUGCUGGGUACACGGGGAAACGCUGCCAGUCAGAGGUGGACUGCGGCACGCCCAGCUCGGUGAAGAACACCAAAGUGAGGCUCAACUCCACCAAGAUGGGCUCCCUGGCCGAAUACGAGUGCGAGCGGGGCUACGUCCUGAGCUCCGGAAACAAGGCCCGAGUGUGCCGAGCCCACGGGCUGUGGAGCGAGCCCCCUCAGUGCGACGAGAUCAACGAGUGCGCAUCCCAGCCGUGCCUGAACGGAGGCUCCUGCAAGGACAGGAUCGCCAGCUUCCUCUGCGUCUGUGGCCCAGGCUACGCGGGACCGCGCUGCGAAGUGGAGAUUGAUGAAUGCCAGUCUGAUCCCUGUAAAAAUGGAGGAACCUGCAAAGAUCUCCCAGCAGCCUUUGUUUGCCAGUGUCCCGAUGGCUUUGCUGGCAUCCACUGUGAAAAAGAAGUGGACGCCUGUGACUCGGAUCCCUGCCAACACGGAGGGGAGUGCGAGAACGACGGCGGCUCCUAUCUGUGCGUCUGCCCUGAAGGCUUCUUCGGCUACCACUGUGAGACGGCGAGUGACCCGUGCUUCUCCAACCCCUGCGGGGGCCGAGGCUACUGUCUGUCCAGCAACGGGUCCCACAGCUGCACCUGCAAGGUGGGCUUCACGGGCAGAAACUGUGCAAAAGAGCUGCUGCCCCCCACAGCCCUCAAGGUGGAAAGAGUGGAGGACAGCGGAGUGUCCAUCUCGUGGCGGCCCCCCGAGGACCAGGCGGCCCAGCACAUGAUCGACGGCUAUGCGGUCACGUACGCCUCCUUCGACGGCUCCUACCGCAGGACGGACUUUGUGGACCGCAGCCACUCGGCGCACCAGCUGCGCGCCCUGGCCUCGGGCAGAGCCUACAACAUCUCCGUCUUCUCCGUCAAGCGCAACGUGAACAACAAGAACGACAUCAGCCGCCCGGCGGUGCUCGUCACCCGCACGCGGCCUCGGCCGGUGGAGGGCUUUGAGAUCACCAACGUGACGGCCUCCUCCAUCGCAGUCCAGUGGGCUCUCCACAAAGCCAAGCACUCGACGGUCAAUAAGGUGCGGGUGUCCAUCCGGCGCCUCGGGGAGCCCGAGGACCUCUCCGUGGAGCUGGACAGCACCACCGACAAGUACACCUUCUGGGAGCUGCGGCCGGGAGAGAAGUACAUCAUCCACGUGGCCACCCUCAGCGGGCUGGGCACGGAAGACCACCCCUCCGAGAGCCUGGCCACGGCCCCCUUCCACGUGUGGACACGCCCCCCCUCCCCCAGGAACCUCACCGCCUCGCGGGUCACGGCCACGUCGGCGCACCUGACGUGGGAGCAGCUGCCGGCGGGGGCCUCGGUGGAGGGUUACAUCAUCAACGUGACCACCAGCCAGAGCGUGAAGAGCCGCUACGUGCCCAGCGGCAAGCUCACCGCCUACACCAUGCGCGACCUGCAGCCCGGCCAGAGGUACCGGCUCUCGGUGACGGCCGUGCAGAGCACGGAGCAGGGCCAGAUGCACAGCGAGCCCGCCCACCUGUACGUGCUGACCCCCCAGAGGGAUGGCUCCUCGGACAGAAGGUGGAACCAAGGAGGGCACCCCAGAGUGCUGAGGAACAGGCUGCCCCCGGCCUUCCUGCCCGACCUCCGGCUGCUGGCCGACCGAGAGGUUUCCGAAGAACCGUCCCAGGCCCCCAGGUUUACCGAGCUGGUGGACGGCCGAGGAAGGAUCAGUGCCCAAUUCAGCAGCGUCCCCAGUCCGGCGGUCACCGUGAGAUCACAGCCUGAGGCCCCAGUAAAACUGGAGAACCUGGAAGAAUCCACCAACCGCAUCAGCCUGGCCCUCCAGCUGCCCGAGCCCGCAAGCAAGCAAGAGGAAGAUGACCACAGGAACUGCUCCGUAAAUCCCUGCCAAAAUGGGGGCACAUGUGUGAGUGGGACGGACUCCUACAGCUGUGACUGCAGCCCUGGAUUCAAAGGCAGACACUGUGAGCUUUCCUGUAAGAAGGUGCCUCAUUCCUGCACCCGCCUAUACUCGGAGACAAAGUCCUUUCCCAUCUGGGAGGGAGGAGUGUGCCACUACGUGUACAAGAGGAUCUAUAAAGUCCACCCAGACAUCUGCUACAAGGAGAGCUGUGAGGGCACGACGACGACCAAGAAGACUCCCAACAGAAAACAAGGCAACAGUCAAACAAUGAAGAAGCCUUAAACAUCCAGAACAAUUGUAGUUUCACUUUAUCAACUCUAAAGGCUUCUAACUCCCAGAAGAUGAGAUCUACUACCUGAGCUGAAAACUGACAGAGAGGAGAGGCACUUUACUAGAGGAAGCCCACACCUCUGCAUGCUCCUCUCAAGCCUCUCUGGGAUGUGCCGUCAGGCCCCAACCCCACGACAGCUGCCCCAUUCUUUUGGGGACUCGGCCAGGGCCUCUUCAGUUUUUCUCAUUUCAGACUGAAUCUCUCCUCGGGGUCUGCAUUCUUCCGAAGAUCCCCAUCACAAGUCUUUGGAAUAAUGUCAUCGGCUAGUUUUCCACAAUGGCUGAAGGCCAUUCAGGACAGAGGUUUCCCCUAGAGCAGACCACCAGGGUCAUGACUGUAUUCAGCAGAUCCUGGCUCACCAAGUUCAAAUGGGACACGAAUCUUCUCUCGGAGACCAACAAAACCAAAAUGGAGAAGAAAUGUUUAGCAACCUCCCAGCAGCAUGAGCAGAGAUGAAUUUUCCCCAAACUGAAUGGCAACUACAAGCAUUGUUUAGUGCUACUUAACCUAACCCUUUUGGUGUCUCGUCCUAUAAUCUGAAGAGUAUUUUUGUUCCUUGAUCUUUUGCAGGUUAGUAGUCCAUAGUAUGGAUUAGUGCCUCUUGGUAUUUUGAAAGAAGAAAUGUUAAACGAUUAACACUAUCUAGCUUAGAAACCUUUCUUGUCUACAAGAAUUUCAUAUGGGCUUUCACGUGUGGACAAACUCAAUCCUUCGAAAGCAGAUUCGGUGUGGCCAUUGGGGCCACGCUGGGCCAAUGGAUGAAAGGUCUGUCUGUAUUGCUGAAGAAACUGAGUCAUUCACCUAAACUGUUGAAAGCUUGGUCCUUCACCACACAGGACACACGAUCACUCAUGAUGUUAACUUUUCGACACGUUUCAAAAGACCCUCCCUCAAAAAGCUGUUAAACCAAGGAGACCCGACAUUAUACUUAGAAACGUGGACAUGACUUGAGCAACGCAGCCCACACAGAGCCCAAACCCCUUCUGAGCUUUCAGCUCACCAGGCCAGACAGGGAAGGGUGGAGGCAGUGCUGGAAUUUGUUAGGGCUCUCAGACAGAGGCAAGAGGAGGAAAUCAAGGAUUCUCUUGUACCCUGUCAUUUCCCUCUACACCUGCCAACUUCAGACUUCCAUUUAGGAAGCAGAGGCAGCAGCAAGGAUUUGGGCUGUUAGGACCCACACUACAGAUUUCUCCUACCUGUCCCCAGGACCUGAGGAUGCUAAGGGAGCUCAUAACCCGUGCAGACUAGAAAGCAUCCCUUGCCCCAAGACGUAGUCAUACUGUAGAAGAGGAUUUCUUUUGAAGGAUUAGAAUCUUGGUCUUUAUAUUAUGAAAAUAAUAUAUGAGUAUGUCUCAGGAAAAGCACACAGAUAUCAUUAGCUAUUUUCAUAAGUGAUAGGCAUGCCAAGGAGAUAAACUACACUAGAUCUAAUACCGUUCCAAAAGCUGUACCAAAUAUUUGCCACUCAAGAGACUGGCUGUAGUUUAGUGAAGAGUCAGAAAACCAAAGUGGCUAGAAAAGGGUCAUUAAUGUAUAGAUAACGGAUUUUUUUUCAAUCAUACCGAGUUCUCAACAAGAUCAAAUGAUGUCACUGGAAAAGCACUUGAGGGAAAAAGGACUUUCACCCUCAUGUUAAUAACUCCUGGAAACUCAGUGAAUGAGAAAAAUGUUCGACAAGAAGUUCUGAGCUGGCGAUCUGGGCCCGACCGUGUGACCCAUUCUUAUCCAUGUUUUACAGAAAAAUGAAAACAUCUACUGAAAAAGUUUUUCUAAAUAUAAUAUUGUGUUUUCAUAGCAAUUACAUCUUUCAAUUUGCCUUUAAAACGUUGUAAGCAAA